GUUAAAUGGUUAAAUUAUUCCAGAUCCAUUAUUUUAAGAAAAAUGGGAGGCAUUUAUCUUUGACACAUUGCGUAGUACAUUGAUUAUACAACUUGCAAGCAUGAAAUGUUGUAAUUUCUUGUUCAAUUAUUUACAAAACUUUAGGAUAAAAUUACCUUGGUAAAUCAGUAAAGUUCCUAGAUGGAUGUAUGCGAGAUACAUAUAUGUAUAUGUAUGACGUACGCGACGUUUUGUGGUUCCAAAACAUGGAUUUUCUUUAUUACAUUUUCAGUUAAAUGAUUAUCGGUUACUGUUUUGUUUUGGGGAAGGAGACAUUGAAUUUUGUUCGUGUUAUAAGAAAAUCACAAAAUUCAAUACAAUGAUCGUCUUUUUUGCAUUAUGAAAAUGGGGAAAGUGUAUGUGGUAUAGUAGAUCUGCCAUGAUAGAUCCGAACGCGUCUUCGUCUUAUUCCAAAAAAGUCAAAAAUUGCUAGCAAAAUGCGUAAUUUUUGUUAUCAGGAGAGCUUCUUAAAGUGAUAGUACAGAUUUGCAGAAUGGUGGUGGAUUGCUUAUCCAUUCAAAGCUCAGCAGCUAUAAUACGGAAGCAGGAGCGAAGAUUAGGUGGGUUAGUGGGUGCCAAAAUGCAACCGAACAAUGUUGGUAGUUGCGGUGGUAUGACACCCAAAGAACUUUCAGACAAUGAUGACCUAGCUACUUCUCUCGUGCUAGAUCCUUAUCUAGGAUUUACCACUCAUAAAAUGAAUAUCAGAUACAGGCCAUUAAAAGCAAAUAAAGAUGAACUUCGUAAAAUUAUUUGUGAAUUUAUUCAAACUCAGAAUUAUGAAAAAACAUAUAAAAAGUUAAUGGGUGGUGAUUGGGGUGCAAGACUUCCUCACACAAAAUCUAAACAGCAACAGUUAAAUUUGGAAAAACAUAUUUACCGAUAUUUGAAAGUCUUUGACAAAGAUUCUGGAUUCGCAAUAGAACCAUGCUAUAGGUAUAGUCUUGAAGGUCAAAAGGGUGCCAAAAUUUGUGCGACUAGAAAAUGGUUAAAACAUGAUAAAAUAUCUUGUCUUGUUGGUUGCAUAGCAGAACUCAGCGAAAAGGAAGAAGCAGCAUUACUACACCCCGGAAAAAAUGACUUUUCCGUUAUGUUCAGUUGUCGAAAAAAUUGUGCACAGUUAUGGUUAGGACCAGCAGCAUAUAUUAAUCAUGAUUGCAGAGCUAAUUGCAAGUUUGUAGCAACCGGACGAGAUACAGCUUGUGUUAAGGUUCUUAGAGAUAUUGAAGUAGGAGAAGAAAUUACUUGUUUUUACGGAGAAGAUUUUUUUGGCGAUGGCAAUUGUUAUUGCGAAUGUGAAACUUGCGAAAGGAGGGGAACCGGAGCGUUUGCAAAUCAAAAACCAGGCGAAGAACUUUCUUCUGGAUAUCGUUUAAGAGAAACGGACAAUCGUAUUAAUCGUACGAAACAUAGGCAACAACCACCAAAUCGCAAUAAGCAACAGGCUGAUACUGCACUUACGGAAAAGAAUGCAGUGCUUGUUGGAAAUGCUGCAGUAGCACCGCAAAGUCUUAGUAUGAAAGAAUUACGAAGAAAAGGAUUAACGAAAUAUGACGCAGAGUUACUAAUUGCACAAGGAUGCCGAUUCUCUGAUAUUGCUCAACAACAGCCUAUUAUAAACAACGGCGAGAAUGUAUUGCAAACAUCUCGACCUCACCCUUCUGCUAUCUCUAGUUCUGCUACAAGAAAUUUACGAAAUAAACAACUUUAUAAAUUCGAUAAUAACAAUGGCCAUCAGAAUAAUGUUAAUAAAAACAAUCACACGCUUCGAUCUUCCAGACUUCAUAAAAGAACAGAGUCAAAAAAGAAUAAAGUUUCCGAUAAAACUAGAUCUCCUUGUUUAAAUGGUUCCAUAACGAAAAAUGUUGAACUCCAAGAUAUAAGUCAUCGUAAAGAAGAUUCGGAUAGAGUAGAUAUUGCUGAGGAAAUUGUUUAUUCUAGAUUACAUAAGCCUCAUUCAGAGAGUUCUUUGAAUGAAGAAAUUCGUGAUCUUUGUCAUCAGGCUUCGCAUCAUGACAUAUUGAAACAAUCAGAUUGUUCUGACUUUCAAAGAGAGUGUUCGGCUACCUUUGUUGAAGAUAAUCGAGAACUGAAUAGCAAAUUGAUAAAUGAUAAAAAAAUACCUGAUAUUAUUAUAGAAAUUAAAUCUAACUCAGUAGGUAAUACGAAUACCUCGAAUUCUAAACAAGAACACUAUAGUACAAAUUCCUGUGAUUCAGUUCAUAUAAGUUCCACGCCUGAAACUCGAUUAGAUCAGUUACACGAAAUUAAUAAAAACGAAGUAAUUUCGCAAGAAAAUCAUCAACCAAGGACUUGUCAUCAUAAUUUGUCUUUGGUUAAUAAUUCUAAUGAUGUAAACAAUAUUUCUGCAACACCGAUAGAAUUAGAUAAUUGCGUUAAAACACCUUCGGAAUUCGAAAAUCAUAUUCCAGAAGAAGGAACGGAAGAAAAUCAUGAAUGCGUAAAUAAGGAAUAUUCUUGCAUAAAUGAAAAAGAAGUAUCCUUAAUUCAUGUAAAAUCAUCUAAAAAUUCAAAUUAUAUAGAAAAUGAUAGAACGAUUUCUACUCUCGAUACAUACGAAUUAGAUAAAGAAUUUAAAAAAAGUGAUUAUAUAAGCUCAUCUAAUCUCACAAAAUAUUCGAUAGAAAAUGACGCGGAUAAAUUGAAAAAGUUUAUUUCGAACUCCAUCAAAACUUCAAACAGCAAUGAACAAAGGAAAGUAAAUUUUAUUAAGGAAAAUAUGGAGAUGAAAAAUAGCGAAAAAAGUUAUCAAAAUGAUUUAGUUAAAAAUAACGUAUCUGUAGCAAAUGUUGAAAAUUGUUCUGAGUUGAAGUCUGCAACAACUGAAACGAUAGAUGAAUGUGUAACAGAUAUUGAUUCUCGGGUAAGCUCGUGUAAAGAAAGUAAUAAAAACUGUAGCACGAUCGAAACUAAUAAAUACAGUAGCAUCCUAAUUCAUGAUUUAAAAGAUAACUCUAACACUAUUUUAAAACAACCUGUUGAAAAAAAUGUAACAUUAAGUACGACUUUGAGAUCCCAUAAAAGUAGGAAAAAGUUUUUAUAUGAUAAAAAAUCCAUCACUUCUGGAUUGAAAGAGGAACCAGAAACUGUUACAGAACAGAAGAAAGCUGAUAGUAUAAUAGCAUCUGUUUCAAAGACAUCUCGUAACAAAGUUGAAAAAACGAAAAAUAGAAUAACAAGAAAUCAGAAGAGAGAUCGAAAGAAAAUCGCGACCACUGAAAUUGGCAUGGCAGACGACGAUUCAGGUAUUCAAGGUGAUAUUUACGAGUUCAGUGAAAAGGAAAGUAACCUGGAGGAUAUUAGAAUACCAUCGAUAAUGAGACGAAACAAACAAGAAACUCGUCAUACGCUUGGGCUUACAUCGCAUUUACAAGAAAUGCAAUACAAUGACGAGUGCAAUAAAAUUGAGCCUCCAGUAUUAGUUCCACAAGAACCGUGGCCACCUACUAGUUGUAAUCAAAAUCAGUUAACAGAUUCAGAUCAAUCAGGGGAAAAUUCUGUCGAAAGUGGAGAGGAUUUGAAAAGAUUAUCAACAUGUAGUAGCGACAGUGCACAAAAAUCGACGAAUCUAUCGGAAUGUCAGUGGCAAAUGAAUAACUCCAACUGUCAAGUUUGUCCAAAUACUCCGGAAAGAACUGGCAGAUUAAAACUUACUCUCCGUAUGAAACGAUCUCCGGUUUUAGACGAUAUCGUAGAAUCAGGCACGAGUCUUAGCGAGGACAGUUAUGAACCCGAAUAUGAAGUAUUACGCGUCGAGGGUGUAGAAAGAAGUAGACGCAAGAAAAAACAUAAAACCCGUGAUCGCGAAAGACGGCAUAAGAAACGUGAACUAAAUCUCGAUCCCCCUCCGCCACCUAUGAAAAGAUUGCGCUUAAUUUUUGGCAAUGAAACACAUACCAUUGACUUUCCACAUUCUUAACAACUAUAAAAAAGAGUUUUCAACAAGUUAUAAAUAAAAUUUAGGUAUCUAAAAAAAACAAAAAAAAAAGAAACAGGUCUCCUUGUCCUGUAAUGUUCUGUACUUCUGUAGAAGUUCCAACAGUUUUCAAAGUUAUAUGCUAAUAUAAAACUUUGCAGAUUAUUGAUGAUAAAAUUCGCAUGUUUUUCGUUGUUUAAAUUUUUCUUUGGGAUUCUUAUUCUUCUAACAACGAACAUUUAAGGGCCUAGCAAAAUUUUUCCUAAAUAGAAGAAGGGAAAUUAACAAAGAAACAAUAUUCGUUGGUUUUUAUAUGUUAUUCAGUGAAUAAUUAUCUGGAAACUAUAGUUCUAUUUAAAUAGCGCAUACAUAAUCGAUUAAUUCAUUGCUAUACUUUUUCAUCAUAAUACAGCUAGUAUUUUAUUUUACCCUUUAGAUACUUUGCUUUCUCAUUAGUAUUUCGUGUAUAUAUAAUUUUGAUAAAGAUGACAGGUUUCCAAGCCUCUGGUCUUUCAACGUCACUCUACUUUCAACAUCAUGGACUUUAUGUUACUGAACAAUUUUUUACUAAUAAAAUAUUUAUAUCACACGCAAAAUUUAUACAUUUAGGAUAAUCAGAUUAAGGAUCCUCCUUUGUUCUAAGAAACAAGGAAGGAAAAUGAGAUGAGUUGAAUGACAUCUAAGUACUAUUUCCAUAAAUAAGGGACAAAGGAGAAGAAAAAUCCAUACUCUUAUAUUAUGUAUGAUAAUAGCUAUUAUUAUAAUUAAAUAAUGAUAAUAAUUAAUUAAAUUAGAUAAAUGCUAGGUAACAUAUAUUAAUUGCUGUUCUCGAAAAAUGCGUGAUUGAUUACCAUGGAAAAAAAAAAUUGUAAAUAUUGCUUAUGUGUAUAGCGCGCAUGUAUGUAUGUACGUACGUAUAGAUGAUAAUUGAAGUGUAACACAUGCCUGCAUACAUACAUAUAUACAGGCAAAUAACAGAUACAGACAAGUAAGUACACGUACACACAUUCGUAUAUACAGUGGCGCGCAAAAGUACUCGGACACCGUUUAAAACAGAAUACCUCGUUUAAAAUUGGACCAAAUUACUUUAGGUUUCUCGAGAAGCUAUACA